GGCAGGCAGUCCGUCAGUGAGUGGCGGACUGUUGGGUCGUUGUUUCACUGUGUGUCUCUGUGCUGUAAUGGACCUCUUGUGUUCUUUUCUGUGAUAAAAUCAUGUCCCAUUAACGGAUUCGUCUCGCUGGUUCUGGAGUUAAAUUAAACCCUGGUGCUCCCAGCGCUUUGGAGAAAAAUGGAAGCAGUGAGCAAGUGGAACCCGCAACAAGUGGUGGAGUGGAUGAGAGGUCUGGAUGACAGCCUGCAGCAGUACAUCCCAUCCUUCCAACAGCUGCAGGUGGAUGGGGAGAAGCUGCUCAGGAUGUCCCACCAGGAGCUGCUGUCUCUGGGCGUGGCGAGGGUUGGACACCAGGAGCUGAUCCUGGAGGCGGUGGAUCUGCUCUGCGCUCUGAACUAUGGCGUGGAGUCGGACAACCUGAAGACUUUGGUGGGGAAGAUGAGAACAGCGCACCACAACCUGAGCAGCGCCGUGACGCAGCGCAGGAAGAACCCCGCCUACCACAGCAAAAAUUCCAAUCAGCCCACCAAUGAAUUCCUCACCGCCGUGGUCGAACUGAUCGGCACCGCCAAGAAUCUGCUGGCCUGGCUGGACAGGACUCCUCUGUCGAGUGCCAAUGACUUCACCUCAACCAAAGGCAAGAUCAUCCAGCUGUGUUUGGAGCUCACCUCCACCGUCCAGAAGGACUGCACAGUUUAUGAGAUGGAGGAAAAGAUUCUGGAAGUGUCCCGAGCGCUCAACAGCAUCUGUGAGAAAACUGUCCAAGCGACUUCUGACCCCGCAAAAAGGGAAAUGUCCUGUUUGGAGGAGGUUCACAUCACCAAUGUCAAGCCUGGGGAGGGACUGGGGAUUUACAUCAAAUCCACCUACGACGGGCUUCACGUCAUCACGGGAACAACAGAGAACUCUCCGGCAGAUAAAACCCAGAGGAUUCACGCUGGAGAUGAAGUCAUUCAGGUCAACAAACAGACAGUGGUGGGCUGGCAGCUAAAGCACCUGGUGGGGAAGUUGAGGGCGGAGUCUGGAGGUGUUGUCUUGAUGCUGAAGAAGAGGCCCUCUGGACCAUCUGCCAGCUUCGCACCGGCUCCACUGAAAAACCUGCGCUGGAGGCCGCCGCUUGUGCAGACCUCUCAGGGAGCGCCAAGUCUCUAUAAAUCACGAGAGUCAGAAACCUCAGAUGCUCCUGGAAAGAGAGGGAAGACGACCAUCUUGGAUUUGUAUAUCCCUCCUCCCCCAGAAGCGCCAUAUGUCCCGCUAGAUGGGAACACAAGCGUAUUUGCAGGUGUGAAAAUGCGUCCCAAGUCUCCAAACUCGCAUCUGGAUGCAGACGUGCGGCAGCGGCGCUACACUGUAGCAGAGGAAAACCGGACGUCUGUCGUCCCUCCACCUGAAUCCAGUCAUCCUAUCCCAGUUCGCCUCAGGCAGCGCUCCUCCUCACGCUGUAAACCCAGACCCAUCUCCAUGCCUGUGGAGGCAUUUUCAGGCGUGUCUGACCGGCUCUCCAGGCCCAGUACUCAGGGAAGGAAAGGUAAGGACGUCCUGCACAUGUAUCGGAGUAAUGAGGGCAUUAGCACUAUCACGGAGGAGGAGCCGUGUUUCCCUCUGCCGUACCGAGGUCACCCAUCUGUACGUGGCGUCGACCAUAUCAGGGGCAGCCAGUGCUACAUUAACGCCAACCUGCACAACACAGCCACCAUACCUUACCAGGAAGUGGGGUCCAAAAAGGCUUCUGCCUCCACUUCUGCCGCUGUCUCUCCCACUAAGGGUGUAAACAAACAGUCCACGUCGCUGCUCGGCGGCUGGCUGGCUCGACUCAAACUGCUCAGUCCUUCUCACAAGCGGAGCACACUUCAGUUCCUCCUGUGCUGCGCGUCUGUCUGCAGGAAACGCAUUACACUGCCGGACACCCAGACUGCAGAGUCUGCAGCCAUGAGUCGGCGUCGGGUUUCGGUCAAAGACCUGGGAGCGGUGGACUGUCAGGGAUGGCUGCACCGGAAGAAGGAGAGCCGUAGCUUCCUGGGAAGCAGAUGGAAGAAAUACUGGUUUGUCCUGCAGAGGAGCUCUCUGUACUGGUACAGUAACGAGAUGGCUGAGAAAGCUGAUGGAUUCAUCAACCUGUCAGGCUUUACCAUCGAACAGGCCAAAACCUCCAGGAAGAAAUAUGUCAUAACAGCCAGUCAUCCUAAUGUAGUGACUAUUACUAUUGGUGCUGAGAGCUACAUAGAAAUGAAUAAGUGGAUCAGUAAACUGACAGAAGCAGCUGAACUAGAUGAGGCAAUCAACAGUGAAGAGCGCUACAGUGAGGGGAGUGAUCAGGAUGAAGAAGACUUGUCGUUUUCUUCUCUUGACUCUCAGCUGGAUUCAGUGGCCACCCAAAAUGGAAACCGUCUUCAGCCACCCUGGGAGUCUUUAUCCUGCACCUCACUCCCCACCGUCUCAUCAAUAAUCACUGAAAGCAGAAGCAGAACCAGCUCGGCUGGAAGCUCUAUGAGCAAAAACCGAAGACAAAGACCAGUUUCUGAGGGCAGCGGUCGUCUGUCCUGGCUGGACCUCCCCAAGCAGGAUGAAACCAGCGGAACACAGACUCCUCCUCUAAUUCAUGUUAGAGAGGAAAAAGAGGAGGACACAGUCCAGGAAAAAACGCCAGAUGAGAUGGAGAGCCUCUACAACCAUCUGAAAGCAGCCAGCGUCAAUCCAACUGGACAGACAUUUCAGAGGGACUUCAGGGCCUCAUUUAUCCGGCGAUGUAAGAAUGAAAAAGUCAACGAAAAGGUUCACCUGGUCCGGAUACUCAAAAGCACAUUAAAGGCUAAAGAGUCCGAGCUGCUGGCUUUGGAGAAGAUCCUGAAUGAACCAAAUCUCACAGCGCUCAUGUACAGGGAGUGGAGACUCUCCAACACCAUCCUGCUGCAAGAUAUCCUUCAGCACAACCAGGAAGCGGAGGGUGCCACAAGCCCAGACGGGAUAGUGUCUGAGAUUUUAGAGCUGCCCAACACUGCUGUACAGUAACGUUAUGAAGUCUGAAAGACACUGAAAGACAAAAAUGUCUAAACCCCACCAUCAUCCUGUGAUGAGAGGAAGUUGGUUCCUACUCUGGAUUGAAUAACGAUGCUACAAGUUUACUCGAGGUUAACCUUUAAAUGCUUUUCACCUCACUUCUUUUCAUGCAGCAGAUUGGGAUGUUUGUAGGUCUUUAAAGCUCAGGAAACACUGUUUUUAAUUUCAAGCCAGAACUUUAAUUUGUAUUUGAUUAAUGUUUUUUUGGGU